AUGAACACGACAGACUAUGACGAUGUCACCAAAUUUCUGGGAGAAUGGGGACAUUUUCAAAAACUGAUCGCAUUACUCCUCUGUAUAAGUGUAAUUCCUAAUGGAUUGACAGGUUUUUCCGUUGUAUUCAUCGCUGACACGCCUCCGCAUCACUGCUUAAUACCACCAAACGCCAAUAUUAGCGCCGAAUGGAGAAACUAUUCUAUUCCACUGGAAGAAGAUAAUGGGGAGAUGCGGUACAGCAAAUGCACCCGAUACAAACUGGACGUAAUAAAGCGUCUUUCAGACAACGGAUCCGUGCCUGGAAUCGACGUGAACGUCACUGAAAUAGAACAGGAAAGCUGUAAGGAUGGAUGGCAUUAUGACCGAUCAAUUUACAUUUCAACCAUCGUGUCCGAGUGGGACCUGGUGUGUAGUGAUGCAUGGAAGGUCCCCAUGACCACUUCUGUGUUAUUCUUUGGAUUGUUAACGGGAGCCUUUUUUUCUGGACAAUUGUCGGACAGGUUUGGGAGGAAAAACAUUCUAUUCGUUACAAUCGGAGUUCAGACUUUGUUCAUAUUCUUCCAGAUUUUCUCCACUUCCUGGUUUAUGUUCUCUGCACUUUUCUUUGUAGUUGGAAUGGGAGAAGUUUCUAACUUUGUGACAGCAUUUGUCCUAGGAACAGAAGUCUUGACUCCACGCAUUCGGACCAUAUACUGCACUGCGGGAGUGUCCACUUUUUUUGCCGUUGGCUACAUGUUGCUUCCCCUGACGGCCUUCUUCAUCAGAGACUGGAGAAUGCUGAUGAUCGCCAUAGCUCUGCCAGGAGUUUUCUGUUUCCCCCUGUGGAGGUUAAUCCCGGAGUCUCCCCGAUGGCUUCUCUCUCAGGGCCGGGUGGAGGAGGCAGAGGCCAUUUUGAGAGGUGCUGCCAAGAAGAACAGAGUCAAAGCCCCGGAGGUCAUCUUUCAGCCUCUCCAGGAAACGUUGAACCACCACAACAUCUGUGAUCUCAUUAAGUCCAGCAGCAUCCGCUGGAUCACGAUCAAACUGAUCCUAAUGUGGGUGAUAAUCUGCCUUGGGUACUUUGCCUUAUCUUUGAACACCUCAAAUCUGUCUGGGGACCCCUUUUUGAACAGUUUCUUUUCGGCGGCUGUUGAAGUCCCAGCCUACAUUUUGGCCUGGCCCCUAUUUCGCUCUUGCCCAAGGCGACUGUGUCUCUCUCCCACGCUGUUCCUCAGUGGAGCGGUACUACUGCUCACACAGCUCAUACCAGGAAAGCUGAGUUCAGUGUCUAUCGCGCUGGAGAUGAUGGGGAAAUUUGGAUUCUCGGUGGCUUACAUUCUGGUGUACGCUUUCACGGCGGAGCUGUACCCCACCGUCCUGAGGAACACCGCAGUGGGCACCUGCUCCACCAUCUCCCAGCUGGGCAACAUCGCCGCACCCUAUUUCCUCUAUAUGGGAACCUAUUACAAGUCCUUGCCAUACAUACUAAUGGGGAGCCUCUGUGCUUUGGGGGGGUUGCUUGGCCUCCUGCUUCCUGAGACCUAUGGUUUGCCUCUCCCAGAGACCAUCGAUCACAUGCAGACUAUUCAAAGGUAUAAAAAGCGACAAACAUCAAAUCGAGGGCGGCCUGUAGUGUAGUGGUUAAGGUACAUCACUGGGACCCGCAAAGUCGGUGGUCCGACCCCGGUUGUAGCCACAAUAAGAUCCGCACAGCCGUUGGGCCC